AUGCCAAAUCCGUUCCAGUCUUUUGAGUCCAGGGACAGACACCAGACUUUUGAUGAGAUCUACGGCGAGCCGGAAAACUUCCUUGAGAUUGCGGUAAUCAACCCAAUAACCCAUGGAACUGGAUCUGGAAUGUAUACGGACUACGAGAUAGUGUGCAAGACAAACAUCCCUGCAUUCAAAAAGAAGUCAAGCAGGGUACGUCGGCGUUAUUCAGACUUUGACUCGUUCAGAAAAACGCUAGAACUCGAGGUCAGGCGUGUGGUGAUCCCAAAGCUGCCUGAGAAAUCGUUCCUGACGACGAAUAAGUUCAACGACCAGUUUAUAGAGGACAGGCGCAUAGGCCUUGAGAAGUUUCUAACGGUGGUUGCCGGACACCCGCUGAUACAAACUGGAAGUAAGAGCCUUUUGUCGUUCGUCCAGGACGAUCGGUGGGAUAAGCGUAAGUUUGAGUAA